AUGGCUAAAAGAAGGAGAAAGACAAGGACUCACUUGAAAGGUCCAAGUAAUAAUUCAAACUCGAAUUCACCUAAAUCGUUUGUGAUUCGAAGUGGAAAUGUUUCACGUUCUUGUUCAACUUUGGUAAACGAUGUUCGAAAAGUGAUGGAACCUAAUACGGCCACACGAUUACGUGAACGAAAGUCAAACAAGCUACGUGAUUUCUUAUCUAUGUGUGGUCCUUUAGGUGUCAGUCACUUGAUGGUAUUCUCACAAAAGAAUGCAAGAGAUACAAAACCUUCAACGAGUGGUGGAAGUGGAAGUCGUGCUCGUCAACAAGAAGCAAUCGGAAAUAUCAAUUUGAGAAUAGCGCGUGCUCCAAGAGGUCCAACCGUUACUUUCCGUGUGAAUAAAUUCGCAUUGGCAAAAGAUGUCGUCAAAUCGCAAAGGCGAUCUCAUGCUCCUGGAGGAGAAUUUCAAACAGCACCUUUGCUUGUUUUGAACAAUUUUGGAUCGGCUGACAAACAUGUCAAACUACUCGUCAGCGUCUUUCAAGGAUUGUUCCCGCCAAUUCAUGUUCAGAAUAUGCACCUUUCUGAAGCAAGACGGAUUGUUCUGCUCAAUUAUAAUGCACAAACACAAACGAUCGACUAUAGACAUUUCCUCAUCAGUGUUCGACCUGUCGGUGUAUCGAAACGAGUACGAAGAGUAAUCGAAGGAAGUUCUUCAUUGAACAAAGGUGGAGCGAAAAAGAUACCCAACCUUGCUUCUGCAGGUGAUAUAUCGGAAUAUCUUCUUGGACAAAAGAUUAACAAUCAAGGUGAGGACAAUGCCGGAUUUGAAACAGACGCUUCUUCUGCUUCUGAAGUUGAUAGCGAUGUGGACGAAGAUGGAACACCUAGAAAUCAUGUCCAACUUCCUGAAGGAUACGUCGGUCGCGGCAAUGUUCGUGAUACACAAAGAGCUGUGCGAUUACGUGAAUUGGGUCCAAGAAUGGAAUUACGUUGCGUGAAGAUUGAAGAGGGUAUUCCGGGUGCUGGUAAGGACGCAAAAGGCUCAAGUGGUGGGAAUGAGGUGUUGUGGCAUGCUUACGUAGAGAAGAGCAACGCAGAAUCUAUCAAACAACGAAAAGAUAUUGCCAAAAAGGAUCAAGAACGAGAAGCACGUCGUGCCAAACAAGAAGCCAAUGUAGCCAGGAAAAAGGCAGAGAAAGAAGCCAACAAGGCACAGAACAAAAAGCAAGUAGCAACGGAAGCAGUCGACCAGGAGGAAGAUGACAAUGUCAGCGGAGAUGACGAAGACGCUGAUCAAGAAGCAGACGAUGAUGAAUUUGAAUAUGAAGACAUGCACGGCGACGGCGCAGAUGCUGAUGGAGAUUUAUUCGAAGAUGAAGAUGCAGAAUUAGAUGACGAUGCUUCGGCUGGUGAGAUUUCCGAUGAAGAAGAUGAGGAGGAAGAAGACGAAGACGAUAGCGAUCUCAGCCCGAUCGAAAUUGACGAUGAUGAGGAUGACGGGUUCUCAGACGAGGAAGUUCCCGCAAAACGCCCUGCAUUCAAGCGACCAGCUAAAAGAGGCAAAUUCAAUGGACGUCGCAAAUAA